AUGGCAUUUGCGAGGUCGAACACUGAUGUUGGACCAGAAGUUGAGUUUUCCAGGUUAUCUAUUAGUAGAGGUUAUCCUAUGGUGUUGGAUGGAGUUGGUGUUCCUAUGGUGUUGGAUGGAGUUGAGAUCAGCGAUCUGUGCAGCCACCUGAGUUCCUCCGCCCCAAGCUUGUCAAACCUUAUCUUUAUGGCCCCUCUAUUUCUGCACAGGGGCAUAGGUAGUCAAGCUGCAAAAGAAAAUGGCUUUCCCACAAAAUACAGCCUAAGGACAAAGAUGUUCAGGAAUGAGACCUCAUUUUUCAUCAUAAGAGGAAUCACCGAUGAUCCACAGCUUCAGGUUAUUAUCUUCUGCCUGGUUCUAUUCAUUUAUCUCACCACUCUCACAGGGAACUUGACCUUCCUAUUACUUGUCUGUUUUGAUCAUCAUCUCCACUCUCCCAUGUACAUUUUUCUAGGUAACUUGUCCCUCGUAGAUAUCUUAUGUUCCACCAUCACACAACAUAACAUCCUUUUAAGUUUCAUCACCAAAGAUAAGUCAAUUUCCUACAUUUCCUGCAUGGCUCAGAUGUACAUGUUUGGCUCUCUAACGGGUCAAGAGUUAUUGAUAUUGACGGCUAUGGGUUAUGAUCGCUAUGUCGCCAUCUGUAGACCACUCCUCUAUCAUAAUAUCAUGAAUAAGAGAACAUGUGUUCUUCUGAACGGUGCCUGUUGGCUAUGGGGAUUUCUACAAAUCAUGCCACCACUUGGGGUAUUCUACACCUUUACCUGUUACUCAUCCAUGAUGAUCAAUCACUUCUUCUGCGACAUUCUGCCAUUAAUGAAACUAUCCUGUAAUGACAUUUCGUUACUACACACCUUCUUUUUUAUGGAGUGUUUAGUUCUUAUAGGUUCUACACCGUUCAUUUUGACCUUCAUUUCCUACGUUUUUAUAAUUCGCAACAUACUGAAGAUACAUUCCACCACUGGGAAGCGUAAAGCCUUCUACACGUGUUCCUCCCAUCUCACAGUUGUUCUACUGCUCUACACAACUCUUUUCAGCCAGUAUCUGUCACCAGAACUGAAAAACUCGACAAAACUUUUUGCUCUUUUUAACACGGCUGUUGUCCCUCUGCUAAACCCACUGAUAUACAGUUUAAAAAAUAAAGAUGUUAAAGCGGCUCUCAAGAGAAGGCUGAUCCUGCUGAAAUGA